UCGGUUUCGGUCGGGCUUUGGAUCCUCCGGCCAAUCAGCGAGCGGCUCCGUUCCUCCUUCCUCGGACGUCAACACCGCAUUUUGUGAGAGCCAAAGUAUCCCAAUAUUUGGGGUAAAAACUCACCAAAAUGUAUAACGAGUUUGUGGACGAGUAUGAAAGUUAUCCCCUUGAGGCAGCCGAGAACUACCAGUAUGCCGACAGGUUAGAGGAGUAUGGGGACCGAGGCCACUACCCAACCUACUCCAUACCCGAAGAGGUCAAGAAAUACAUUACUUAUUUCAGAGAUGCAAUAAGGGAUGGCAAUGUCUAUGACAUCCCUCCUCUUUAUGUUGAUUUUAACCGCUUAACUGAGGAGUACUACAAGACACAGUCGUGGCCUGAUGUUGAGGACCUGUAUGGAAACAAGCUGGUUGAGCAAGAAGGUCGGGAUGACAUCUUCCUUAUCCUCUACCGAGAGUUAUACUAUCGGCAUAUUUAUGCUCGAGUUCCAGGAGGCCCUACCAUCCCACAGCGGUUUGAAUCCUAUUAUAACUAUUGCAAUCUCUUCAAUUACAUUCUCAGUGCAGAGACCCCAGUGCCUCUAGAAUUACCCAAUCAGUGGCUCUGGGAAAUCAUUGAUGAGUUUAUUUACCAGUUCCAGUCAUUCUCCCAGUUUCGCUCCAAGCUUGGCAAGAAGAGUGAACCUGAGAUUGAAAUGCUGAAGGAAUCUCCCAAGAUAUGGAAUGUUCACUCUGUCCUGAAUGUUCUUCACUGCUUGGUUGAUAAAUCUAACAUCAAUAGGCAGCUUGAGGUAUAUACAACAGGUGGAGACCCAGACAGUGUUGCAGGGGAAUUUGGCCGUCACCCUCUGUACAAGAUGUUGGGUUACUUCUCCCUGAUUGGACUCCUGAGGCUUCACUCUCUUCUUGGGGAUUAUUACCAAGCUAUUAAGGUAAGUUAUUGUUUUAACCCGUUAUUGAUGGGUCACGUGUUAAUGUGUGUAUAUAUGUAUUUGAUCCAUGCUUGGGGUGAGGACAUUGAAGUCACAGAGAGCUUUGCAUACCUUGAUAGUGUACUCCAUCUCUCGGGACUGUCAGACCAAGAACUCACUUCCCUGUGGAUGACUCUGCCCAUCAGGUUCUCUCUUUGUGAUACAACCGUCUCGUCUACUGCCCAAGCCCUGACCUCUAGGUUGUCCCACGGGCCUUCUCCACCCACGGUUUAUCACAAGAAGAACCUGAUGGGCAGAGUCAUCCACAGGGAAAGCAAAACUAGUAUCAAGGCUCUGAAGACACAUAGCUUGCUUGGUAAUAAUCCCCAAGAAGAGAGUGAAACCUCAGGAGUCCAAUCAGGAGAAGUAACCAACAUCUUGUACAGAGGGGGACGGCCAAAUUCCCUGCCCAAAACUGUCUGGCUUUUUGGGAUUGGGGUUACUGCAAAAUAUUGUGAAUUUGCACUUCCUCAGAAAUCUGGGCAUUGCAUUGUUGUCAAUGAAUAUAGUACUGACUUGGAAUGCUCUCAUUAUAAAUUUUCCCAUAAAUUUGCAUCAUAUUCUUAUAGUUUUGGCCUCCUGGAACUCGAGCAUAAAUAUGCCGAUAGUAUAACUCUCGUAGAGGAUAAGGAAGAUGUCAUCCCGACCUUCUUGCUCAACCAGCUUGUUUCCAUACAGGUCCUCAACAUCAGGCCACGACUGUGUCUUGUAGCAAAGAAUAACAAUAGAAUUAAGAAUAUAGGUUGCAAUUAUAUUAUGUGGAGACAUGGCAAUCAGAUGAUAGUUGACUGGUUUUUCCCCCAACCCCUUUUCUUCCCCCAAAUCAGUGUGAUGAGAUCGUAUUUGAAGCUGUACACCACAAUGCCCAUGGAGAAGAUGGCCACGUUCCAAGAAAUGAGUGAAGAUGAUUUCCGCAAUGCCCUCUUGUGUUUCAAACACAAGAUGCGCAACAUGGUAUGGACAAAGGGCACCUCUGGACUACAGGGAGACUUCCAAAGUGAUUCUGAGGUGGACUUCUUCAUAGAUAAGAACAUGAUUCAUAUUGCUGACACCAAGGUCGCUCAGCGAUAUGGAGAUUUCUUCAUUCGCCAAAUUCACAAACUGGAAGAGGUCAACAGGUCCCUCACAAAGGUGAAGGUGUGAUUGGUGUUUUCCCUCUAUACAAAAAGGAAAGUACACACAGAUUGUGGUGAGCUAGGAAUAACCUAUUUACUGGUUUGACACAUUUUAUAAUUUGAUAUUUUAAAGAGAAAUGGUUGGAGAGACUUUUUAUUUUUUCUUAUCCUUUUACAUCAUAAUUAUUUCUCUAAAUUAUAUGUUUGUGAUGAAUGAUUUAUUAUUUCUAUAACUGUUUCUCUCACAAGUGGCAAACCAGUUCAGGAGAAGUCUGUAUUUUUUCCAUGUAACAUCAGUGAAAAAUAAAAAGACCAGUGGUA